UCUUCAUCACAAGAAUUAAAAUGAACAAUAAUAAUGACGAUCUUCUAUUGUUUCUCUUAAAACGAAUGGCAGAGAUUUUGGCAAAAUAUUAAUACAUUUUUGGGAAGAUAAUUUGGAUAAAGAACAAAGAAAACAUUCUCCAAAAUUCCAAUCUCACUUCCUCUUAUUAGAUUUGCAAAUUAAAAAGGCGAACAAUGAUCUCAACUGACGAUUACAUCUUAGAGAAUUUAAAAGCCGAUAAAGGAGCAAAACUUCUAUGCGAAGCAUUAUUAAUUUGGGAUGCCGAAGCUCGACAAAUUGUAGUGGAUGCCAUUAAUGCUGCCAUUCAGGAAGCCCUCGAAGGAAUCAAAGUUGCUAUUCGAGAAGCUUUAAAAAAUGCUUUCGAUGAAAAUAAUAAACAAAUUAAUAACGUUACCAAAAGGCACGAUUACCAAUUGAAGGAAAAUUUGAAAAGUGCCGAAGAUCGUAUUCGAAGAGAAUUAGAAAGAGAAAUAGAAGAAGAAAAGCAAAAUUCUGAAGAAAGAGUUAAAGAAGCUGUUCAAGAUGGAUUGGAACAAUUCAAAGAACAUCUUAAAAUGGCCAUCGAAGAAGCUGAAGCACAAGAAAAGAAGAAUUCCAAAGACAAAUGCAAAAGACUUAAACAUGAAUAUGACGAGAAAUUAAGAGAAGCAAAACGAAUUGCAAUAGAAGAUAAAGAGAAGUGUUUGAUAGAAACUGAAAAGAAAAUGUUAGACUAUAAACAAAAGAUAAUAGAAGAAAUAAAAAUGGAAGGAAUUGCAACAAGAAAAGAAAAUUUGAAAUUAGAUAAAGAAAAGUUCGAAGAAAUAUUAGAAAAUCUAAAAAUUAAAUUGAGACAAUACGAAGAGGAAGAAGAAAAAUUACAGCAGCAAUUAAUGGAUAUUUGUAAGAGCAAAUCCCAAGCAGAGGAACAAUUGUCGAAUUUGAAACAACUUCUAAAACAAUUUAUCGAAUUGGGAAGUAAAACUGAAGACACCACUUCUUUACGUUUUCGAAAAUAUUAAUAUACAAUUUCUCUUGCUUAUGAAUUAAAUUUUCUUCUUACUUAUCCAUUCUAACAGCGAUUAAAAAUGGCACUUUUAUUACUUUCGACAAGUAUUUAUUAAAAUUUUAAAACAUUUAAA